GUUGAUCACGCCGUGGGGCGCACAUUCAUCCCUUGCCAAUCUUCGCCGGAGGUUUCAAUCCUAGAGUGGAUUUAGACUUGGAUUUUUCAUUUUCAGUUUCAUUUUUUUUGAAUUUUUUUUGGGGAGGAGGAGUUUGUACGUACAAGUCAAUCAUCUCAUGGGGCUCGGUCGGUGUCGAUUUGCUUGCAGCGCAUCUUCCGUUCAUUAAAUCGUAAGCUUGCGCGGUAAGCGCCGCUGGCGUUUAUUUUGGUUUUCAUGGCUUGAUUACAGGGGGGUGGUGGUGGCCAUAUAUUUUGUGUGCACUGUUUGUCGGGUUCUCCCGCCUCAAGGGUCGUGCAUUGGACUUUUGAGCGAAGAGGCGUGAUCAUACUUUAUUUCUGGCUAAGCGGUUGAGGUUAAGCAUAUCGAUUUGCAUUGAAAAGAGUUGGAUAAGGGUCGGUGGAGGGUGAAGUGGAAACGUUCGGAGAUCUCGGUCGACACCGAAAGGAUCGCGCUCGAGACGCAACUGACCUUUGCAAGCAGAGGAAAUUUUCUAUUGAGUCAUGGGGUAAAGAGCAGCCGAUUUAUUAUUGUAGUUGUUGUGGUAUGAGAUUCCGCCUUAAUUGUUAAAGUUAUGCGUGCGCUGGAAAUGGAGCGCGCGGGACCUGUGCUCAGGGAGGUGAAAGUGAGGUCCCACAGGCAAAGCUCCCUUAUGUCGGAGAGUGUAAAGCAGGCAGACAUAGAGGACUCACAGGUCUUCUGCAAACAAGAGCCCGUGGAAGACAACAUAGAAAGUGGUUAUGAAACUCCAACAAAGUCAAGUAGAGCUGGGCUGGGAGACAAGACUCCUAAUGGUGGCGACAUCAAGCCGCGGAAGAAGGCUUGGUCACCCGUAUACCUGGAGGGAUUGGAGGGUCGGUUCAGAGAGCACUGUGAGGUUGGCCUUUGUCUGGAUGACCCAACGUUGCAGCAAGCCCUGCGUUUGUUUAAAGAGAGCAAACCAUUGCUCCUUGCCAAUAUUGACAGCAUAGGGACUAGCACGGUGGAAGAUACGGAGCGAUUAUGGGGUGGCUGCGUUCUGUAUGUUGUGAAAGCUUUGAGCUGUGGAGCCACAGUCGACGGGGAUAAAUCAGAAAGCAAUGCAGUGGGGUUUACACUGUCUCAGCUUAUGCGACAGACUAAAAUCAGUGUGAUUGAGUUUUUCAAGGAGCUUCCACAUUUUCUUGUGAAAGUGGGGCCGAUUGUGAAGCAAAUGUAUGGCGAUGAGUGGGAGAAGCGGCUUCAGGUCAAGGAAGUUCAAGCUAAUUUUGUUCAUUUGACAGCGCUUUUCACGUAUUUUAAGCGAGUAUAUCAAGAUUUUUUCUUAUCACCAGACACUUUUACCAACAUUGUCAGCCGAUCCUUAUCAGGAGUUAGAGAUGAACAUCAUGUCUCUGUCCACAUGCAAUUUGGAUGGAUGCUCUUCUUGGCAUUGCGGAUGCAUGUUAUUCAGCAAUUCAGUGACUUGGUCACUUGCACCAAUGCCCUCAUGGCAGUCAUGGUUAUUUUGAUCCUUCACAUGCCGCCUGAUUUACGGAAGUUCUCACUUCAAGAUCCAGUGAGGUUUGCCAAAAGAUCAUCGGAGGGAGUUGAUCUUGUUGCGUCCUUGUGCGCCACGUAUUAUGCAGCUGAUGAAGAUGUCUCGAGCCUCCUGGAGAAGGCUAAUGCUACAAUCAGCAAGUUAUUCGGGAAGCCUAUGAAGGGUUUACAUGGGUCCCAAACCCUUGAGCAUUUUUUGGGGAUCAAUCCAGGUGGGCUGGCUUACUUGGAAGGGCUCAUGGACAAAAAGUCUCUUGCAGCGAAUUUGCGCAUGUUGGAGAAAGAUUACGAAGAUUCUUAUCAGAGUCGAGGGGGGCUUGAUGAACGAAUGUUCAUUAAUGGGGAAGAUGGUCUAUUGGGAACGCUGUCAAAUGAAUCGCCACGUUUCUCUGGCUCAAAGCGUAAGUUUGACAUCAUGGCGUCGCCUGUGCGAUUUGGGGCUUUCUCAAUGGGAGCAGCACCAUCAUCACCAGCUGCGUCUCCCUGGUCAUCGCCAGUGAAACAUAUGGGCACUCAAGGUUCUAGUGGUGGGAAGAGGCCCCCAUCCACCCCUGUAACCAUCACAAUGACAACUGCAAAGUGGCUGCGAACUGUGAUAACACCCUUGGCUGCAGAGCCUUCUGUGGAGCUGCAGCUGUUUUUCCGCUCUUGUGAUCGGGAUAUCUCCGCUGAUGUAAAGAACAGAGCUCAUGUACUAUUGGAUUUGAUAUUUUCAGCGGAGAGAGGUGGAGGCUGGCAGGGUGUGGCUGGGUUAAUGGAUGUUUGGCCUGAGCAGCGUAAACUGGAAGCUAUCAAGUUAUACUACAAAGUUUUAGGAGCUAUGUGUCGCUCUGAAGAACAAAGGCUGCAUACUCACAAUCUAACAUCUCUUCUUUCGAAUGAACGUUUUCAUCGAUGCAUGAUUGCCUGUUCUGCGGAACUUGUUCUUGCUACUCAUAAGACGGUGACAAUGGGUUUCCCCGCGGUUUUGGAGCCAGCAGGCAUAACUGCUUUUGAUUUGAGCAAAGUAAUUGAAUACUUUGUCAGACAUGAAGAAACUUUACCUCGCGAGCUGAAGAGGCAUCUCAAUACAAUAGAGGAAAGGAUACUCGAGAGCAUGGCGUGGGAGAAAGGAUCGUCUAUGUACAACUCGCUCAUAGUUGCCAGACCUUCACUGGCAAAUGAGAUCAAUCGAUUAUGUUUGCUGGCCGAUCCAAUGCCAGCACUGGAGAACCUCGCUACUCAAGUACGGCCAGCCACUGUCAUGCAUCGCAUUCCGGGCCUUUCGAAAUCGGGUCACUCAGGUGAGGUAGCUUGUGCGGCACAUACACCUACUAGUGCGUCAUCACCUCCUCAGAAUGGAUCGUCAACAUCAGAAGCAGGUUUUCUCUCACCCGUCAAAGAUCGACCUUCGGCUUUUUCUGCUUUCAGUUCGCCUAUGAGAAAUCGUCUUCGAGCCCCAUUGCAAUCAGCGUUUGCUAGUCCGCAGAGACCAAGUCCACUAGGAGGGGGAGAGACUUGCGCAGACACAGUUAUCAAUGUGUUCUUUCAAAAGGCUCUUGUAUUGGCAGCAGUUAGGAUACGGACUGUGUGCGAACGAAUAGGGCAACCACAACACCUGAUCGAACGGGUAUACAAGGUGUUUCAACAUGCACUACAUCACGAAACUAGCCUUUUCUUCAACCGUCAUAUAGAUCAACUGGUCUUGUGCACCAUCUACGGCGUUUGUAAGGUUAGCAAAGUGGAUGUAAAAUUUCGUGACAUCAUCCAUCAUUAUCGAUCACAGCCACAGAACAAGCUGCACGUUGUCCGCAACGUCUUUAUAGACCAACCUCCGUUACGUCGUGCAGGGAAAACAGGAGGGCUCGAGUCGGGUGACAUUAUCAAGUUCUACAACGAUGUAUUUGUACAUGUUACAAAGAAGUUCUUAGUGCAAGUCGAUACGAAUUCUAGUAUGCGAUCUCCAAGAAAAGCUCAUGGAUCUGACGGAAAUGAUGGUGAGGCUCCAGGAUCUCCUGUAGCUUCGAUUUUUUCAACAUUCCCAGACAUUUCUCCGAAGAAGGUCUCUGCUUUGCACAAUGUGUUCGUAUCCCCUCUUAGAUCCAGCAAGGUUGAUAAGUUGAUGUCUCCUCGUACUAGAACUCUUUACGCAUGUGUGGGAGAAAGCACCAGAGAUUACCAAAGUCCUUCGAAGGAUUUAACUGCUAUUAAUAACCGACUUAACAAGAGGUUUAUCGCUCACGGCGAUUUAGCCGGUUGGACCUUGAAGACAGACCCACAGUGACUGCCUCCAUGAUAUCAAACACGUUCCGCCCGUGCGACUUUGUAUCAAACGCUUUCUCUUAGACAAUUAGAGACGUCUCAAUGUGUUGCCUGCAUUAGCGAAAUUGGGAUGCAUUAGUCCUGGAACCACAACCUGUAGAGUGUAUUUGUGACUGAUAGUAGGUGUACAACAUUUUUAUAACAGGGCACGCAUCCAAGGGCAAAGGUGUAGGAAUUUUUCUACACCAUCAUCGCCACUCCACCACCACCCUAACAUUUCCUCCGGUCUUCUUCCCGCCCCGCCCUUCAUGAUUGUGUUAGCUCGCAUCCAUUGUUAAGCUCGCUGUUGCUGCAUGCAAGUCACCUAGUCAAGUGUGGUUUCUGGCGAGCUCUUGACAUAGCUUCCUUGUGCCAUAUUAGCUUCGCAAAUCAGUCUUGACGUGUACACAAAUGAAAGCAGGGGUCCUCUGUACCCCUUUAACCUUCAAUGAAAUAAUGAUCACUUCCUCAAGCUGGUGUGAUUAUGUUUUAUUCUUUA